ACAAUUUAUCACAUCCUUUGUUACUAUGGCUCUUGAAGCUCUGAAUUCUCCUCCCAUGGCGGCUACUCCUUUCGCCACCAAUAAAUACGAUAUUAUCGACGACGACAACUACAACCACGUCGAGUCAUGGAAGAAAGGCAAGCGUUCGAAGCGGCAGCGCGAUAACGAGUCUUCUCCACCGCUGACGACUGAAGAAGAGUACCUCGCUCUCUGCCUCAUAAUGCUAGCUCGUGGAAACGCUGCAUCUGACGGUGGAGGAGGGGACGCUGAUCGUCUUCGGUUGUCUAUGUCGUCGUCGGAAGCGGGAGCUGCUCCGCCGGGUUUGAAGUCGUCUUACAAGUGCAGUGUUUGCGACAAGGCUUUCCCUUCUUACCAGGCUCUGGAUGGUCACAAAGCCAGCCAUCGCAAACCCUCCACCGACGGAGCUACUGCUAAUAAUCAAUCUAUCACCACCACCACCAGCAGCGGGGGCGACGGUAGAGCACAUAAGUGUUCCAUCUGCUACAAGAAUUUCCCCACAGGCCAAGCCUUGGGAGGCCACAAACGCUGCCACUACGAAGGGGGCCACAACAACAACAGUAACAAGAGUGGUAGCGUCAGUCUCAGCGGAGUGACGGUGUCGGAAGGCGGCGCGUUGAGCCAAACCCAUCGUGUCAAAUUUGGCUUUGACCUGAACUUGCCGGCUUCACCGGAGUUCUGCGUGGAAAAUGGAGAUGAAAGAUUCACAGAGCAAGAGGUUGAAAGUCCAUUGCCGACAAAGAAACCACGUUUCAUGAUUGAUUCUUCGGCAUUAUAGAAUCAAAACAAGUGAUGAU